CCGCCUCAGUUCUCAACUCGUCCCCGCGCUCGCUUGCUCCAACAUAUGCUUAUUGAGAUCCCUCCGCUUUCCCCUUUUCCCAUGCGCAUGCCUUCUUCCCCGUCCUCUCUGCUCCGAUCUCUCCGAGCUUGGGAUCGACGAGAUCGGGCGACCGAUCCUUCCUUAUCAGUUGGAGGCAGAUCGAUCGAGGUGGAGGCUGGGGGUUCUUGGGAAGGGAUGACGUCCGGGACGAGGAUGCCGACGUGGAGGGAGAGGGAGAACAACCGGCGGAGGGAACGGCGUCGGCGGGCGAUCGCGGCCAAUAUCUACGCUGGACUGCGGAUGUACGGGAAUUACAAGCUCCCCAAGCACUGCGACAACAACGAGGUCCUCAAAGCCCUCUGCGACGAGGCCGGCUGGACCGUCGAGCCCGACGGCACCACCUACCGCAAGGGGAGUAAACCUUCAGUAGAGUGCAUGGAUGUAGUUGGGGGCUCAACCUCUCCAAGCCCGUAUUCUUCAAACCAGGCAAGCCCAUGCGCAUCUUAUAAUCACAGUCCUGCCUCUUCAUCCUUUGCGAGUCCUGCAUCUUCAUCCUACAUCACCAAUACCAACAAUUCUAUCAAUGGCGCUGAUGGUAACUCCCUCAUUCCCUGGCUUAAAAAUCUCUAUUCAGCUUCCUCUAGUGCCUCUUCAUCCAUGUUUCGACACCAACAGCCUCUUUUCAUGGGUGGUGGUUCCAUAAGUGCCCCCGUGACUCCUCCCAUGAGUUCCCCAACUGCGAGUACACCUUGUAUUAAGACCGACUGGUAUGAUCAAAGUGCACAACCAUUAUGGCCCGGUACCAGCUACAAAUUUUUACCAAACUCAACUCCACCGAGUCCUGGGCGUCAGAUGAUUCCAGAUCCUGCUUGGAUUGCAGGGCUGCAGAUUGAGACAACAUCUCCUUCAUCCCCCACCUUCAGCCUUGUUUCCUCAAACCCAUUUGGGUUUUCAGGUGGAGGCUCUUCAAGAAUGUGGACACCAGGGCAAAGUGGUACCAGUUCCCCUGUCAUGCCUGGUAUAAUUUGGAUGCCGGGGCAGAGUGGCACCAGGUCUCCUGUCAUGCCUGGUAUCUCGCACAACAUCGAUGUUCAGAUGUCGAAUGGCAUUACUGAUGAGUUUGCAUUUGGGAGCAGCAGUAAUGGCAAUAGCCUGCGAGGACUGGUGAAGCCCUGGGAGGGUGAGAGGAUCCACGAGGAAUGCGGACCAGAUGACCUCCAGCUCACUCUUGGCAGCUCAAGGACCAGGGCUGAUGCCUAAUUGAUUUGAAAUGACCGUGCGCUCUAAAGUUUUUAUAGUCUCAUGGUUGUGCUUCAUUUGUUGCUGUUCCUGAGGAGAGGAAAAUAGAGGCCACCUAAUGGUUUCUAGCAAAUAGCCUUCAACCUCUUUCGGGUACCUGAUAUAAUUUAUUUUUGUUGGAAGAAUUUACAUGCCAGUUCAGUAUGCAGUGUAUACUAAUCGACCAGAGUUCUACUUGCCAAAUAUUUGCAUCCAGGGAAGAACUAUGGGCUUAUUACUGUCAUCUUCUUUCUAGCAUUGUGUUUUAAGCUAUCAGAUCACAUUCUAGUCUUGUCGCUUAGGUUCCUUGUAUGAUACUCAUUGCUGUACUCACUUGUAUAACCCCGAACGAUCAUCUGUGUGUUAUUUGCUCUUUUUUCUUGUAGAAAUUUGAAAUUUAUUACAAGUUUUUUGCA